UGAUCACGGAUAGUGGAGUGAAAAUGUACUUUUUGAUAAUCACCGAAAGAAAAAUGUAUUCAUAUGAAAGAAAAUUUGUCUUUGAUUAGAUAUUAAAAAUGCCUUUUUACUCCACCUCACUGAGGAGUUCUUGUCCGCUAUUCUGGCGGGAGUUCUUUCAUAACACUUGAAUCCUCGUUGAGGGUAUGUUCUGUGUACUGACUUUAGGCGGCACAAGAACAAAAUGGAGGUUGAUUCCAGUAAAAAGGGCGCAGAAUACGAUUACGAAACUCAGUUCUUCGGAUUUACUCCUGAAUCUUUCGUCGAUGGAGUGUACAAUGCAGUGAACGACUAUGUUGGUGACUGCUUUCAAGAGCUGGAAAGUCUUAUUAAAAGUGGGCCGUCAGCGUCAUCGGAUGAAUCAGAGGAACAGAUUCAUAGGGAAAGUGAGAAAAUGAUCAAAAACUUUUACAAGAGUAUUGAUGCAGCUUUUGACAGAUUUGAGGUUUAUGUGAAAAAUAACAUCUUCAAAAUUCCUGCCAAUAUUCUUUUACCAGAAGACAAGGUACAUCAUGAACACCAAUAUACAGUGAAGGAUGAAAAACAGAUUGACGAAGAGCUUAAAGAACUUGAAAGAAAAAUCAAAGCAGCAAAGUAUGUGAAUGCAGCUUUGAAACAGGAAGUUAAAGAUUUGAACAAUGCUCAAGAACUGCUUGACAACUUUGAAAACCACAGAGACACUGUAGAAAAGGCAUUUGAAGGCAAUGGAGGUGUAAAACAAAGCUUGACAUCAACUCAUGAGAAAGCAAUCAAACUUCAUGAUUUAAUAGCAAAUGGACUCAAUGCUGGGGCUUUUCAUAUUCAGAGAAAAUCUGAUGAUCAAAGAUCUUCAACAGAAAGGAAACAGAAAAAAAUUAAAUUAGGAUAAAUACAAUAUACAGACUGAGUAAAUGAACAUGUAACUAACAUUCCCUUCCUUGAAAUGUAUAGUC